CCCUCUCCUGCCCACCCCGCAGCCACUACCAGCUCUGCACCCGCACCUGUGACUUCACCUGUGCCAGCCUCUCCGUGCCAACGCCAUGCAGCUGGCCCUGCUUCGAGGGAUGCCAAUGCGACGACGGCUUCCUCUUCGAUGGCAGCUCCUGCGUGUCCCUGGAGAAGUGUGGCUGCGUCCACCAGGGGAGGUAUCUCAAGGCGGGUGAGACCAUCACCACCAACAACUGCACCACGAAAUGCCACUGCCACCCAUCACAGGGCCUCACCUGCGAGGCCACCCGUUGCCCCCCACACCAGGUCUGCGUGGCUCGGGAAGGGACGCAGCGAUGCCUCAAGCAGGAGGGAAGAUGUCAGAUCUCUCCUGGAGCCUCCGUGACCACGUUUGAUGGGGUGGGAGGAAGGCUGCCCGACAGCGGCACCUACAAGAUGGCCGCCCUCUGCGACGAGAGGUCGCCCCACUGGUUCAAGGUGGUGGUGGAGGUCAGCGAGUGUCGGGACGAUGGGAUCCCAGCUGCUGUGGCUGUUUUUGUCUUCUUCCGUGAGGCUUUCAUCACCAUCAACAGCAACAUGGAGGUUUGGGUGAGCCGGAUCUGCCCCCAAAAGAUGGGGUGUGAGUUUAGGGUGCAAAAUUUGGGGGUAGAGGGGCUGUAG